AUGUUUCCUUCACUAGUUUCUGUUGCACCUAAUUCUGUCAUGGUUCUUGAGACAAAUCUCGGAGAAAACUAUGCCUCACAACAACCAAUGCACUUGCAAGAAAACUACUUAAAACCAAGGAUGAAAGAUGAGCUUCCUAAUUUUGAUGCUCAUUCCUCUCAUGGCAACUUCUUGCAAGAUUUUCACCAUAUUGAUCAGUUUCACGUGCAUGGUUCUUCGUCCUCCAAUCAUGUUUUUGGGGUCCAAACUCAAACUUUUGAUCCUUUUGGGAAUGAACAAUGCGCAAAUACAGGUUUUGAAGUUUAUAGUGACAAGUCUUUUGCGGAGAACAAUAAUGGUGGUAAUCAACAUGCUCAUUUUAUUGAUAAUUUUCAAUAUGAUGGUUAUAGUUUGAAUGUUCCUAGAAGGAAUCAUCUUGAUCUUAUGGUUGAAAACCAAAGCUAUUUUCCAUUUAAUAAUCCUUCGGAAACCAAACAGUUGAACUAUGUUGUACCAGAUGAUGAAGUUUCAAGCAUAGCACCAACAAGUUAUUACCAAAGAGGUGAUUUGAAUCGAAACAACAGGCUACUAUCUCCGACCACGAGAAGAGCGUUUAAAGCGAAGAAGAAAUCAAGCAUAGUGAAGGGGCAAUGGACCGUCGAUGAAGAUAGAAUGUUGAUUCAAAUGGUGGAACAAUAUGGAAUGAGGAAGUGGUCUCAUAUUGCUCAGAGAUUGCCUGGAAGAAUAGGGAAACAGUGUAGAGAAAGAUGGCAUAACCAUUUAAGGCCGGACAUUAAGAAAGACAUAUGGACUGAUGAAGAGGACAAGAUAUUGAUCCAAGCUCAUACUGAGAUAGGAAAUAAAUGGGCAGAAAUUGCGAAAAGAUUAGCCGGAAGAACUGAAAACUCAAUCAAAAACCAUUGGAACGCAACAAAGAGAAGACAGUAUUCGAAAAGAAAAUGCCGCUCGAAGCAUCCUAGAGGCACACUUCUGCAGGAAUAUAUCAAGAGCUUGAACUUAGACCAAAACCCACCAAGAGACUUUCGAAAAAAAUCUUCUUCUAAUGCUAAGAAAACCAUUACUUGCAGCACAAGCAAAGAAGCAAUACAACAAAAUCCUCAACCACAGAUCAUGAAUCAGUUUUGUCCCAAUGACCAAUCAGUCCCGAACUACGAGUUUAAUGAUUUUUGUUUGGAUGAUAAUUUGUUUGAAGAAGGGUGUGGUAUUGAUUCUCUGCUAGAUGAUAUGGCAAGUGUUCCUACAAUGGGUGAGAAAGAAUUUGAUGAAAAACUAUGUGAUAAGGGAGGUAUACAAGUUGUUAAUCUUGAUGAACAUCAAUUUGAGACUGAGAUUGAAGUUAAGAAGGAGAUAGAUUUGGUGGAGAUGAUAUCUCAGGAUAUGACUCAGCAAUAUAGCAACUGCAAGAAAAUUCAACACAAUUUCAAUAGAAGUGGCAAUGGGGUGAUUAAAGUUACUUGGAAACUGCCAGAAAGAGAUUGGAUAUGCAUAAUGAUAGGAUUGUGCGGAAGAAUCCAGAUUCUUGCUACGGCAUCAUCAAGAUAUACUAUUGAAUUACGGGGAGUGUUAACCGGCUUAUUGAUAGCUCAGAAAAAAGGAUACAAGAAGAUCAUUGUUCAAGUUGACAACAAACGUGUGGCUACGGAAAUUCAGGAUUCUACUUAUCAACAUAACCAGGGAGCCAAUUUGCUGAGAAGAAUCUGUGAUGUGGGGAGCAGCUUGGAGGCAAUGCGGAUUGAGUAUCAGUUUAGGAAAGCUAACAGAUCUUUUGGCAAAACAAGGUAG